UUUGUCCCUAUUUAAGAUAGAUGCACACAGCAGGCUUGUCAGACAACCUAGAGGAGAAGACUCAAACACACAGCCCAGAGAGCCAUCAGCAUCUGCAAGACCCACAAUGGCCAGGCUCUGUCCUUUCCUCAUGAUCCUGAUAGUGAUGAGCUACUGGUCAACCUGCUCUCUAGGAUGUGACCUGCCUCAGACUCAGAACCUCAAGAACUUGAAACUUCUGAAACAGAUGAGGAGCCUCUCCCCUUUUGACUGCCUGAAGGGCAGGAAGGACUUUGGAUUCCCCUUGGAGAAGGUGGAUGCCCAGCAGAUCCAGAAGGCUCAAGCCAUCCCUUUACUGCGAAAUCUGACUCAACAGAUCUUGAACCUCUUGUGCCCAGACGACUCAUCUGCUCCUUGGAAUGCAACACUCCUAGACUCAUUCUGCAAUAACCUCAAUCGGCAGGUCAAGGACCUCAAAGACUGUGUGCAGCAGUUGGGUGUGCAGGAACCUCCCCUGACUCAGGAAGACUCCAUGAUGACUGUGAAGAAAUACUUCGAAAGGAUCACUCUGUACCUGAGAGAGAAGAAACACAGUCCCUGUGCCUGGGAGGUAGUCAGAGUAGAAGUCUCAAGAGCCCUGUUUUCCUCAAAGCAGUUACUGGCAAGAUUAAGGGAGGAGGAGUGA